CUUUUGCACCAAAACGAUUUCAAAAGUUAAAUUUAAAUUUAAAAAUUUCUUGAAUUAUCAUCUCCAGUUCUUUUCUAGUUCUGUAGCUGUUUGCUUCGAUUGAUUAUAAUCUGAUAGUAUCAAAGAUGUCUAGUGCUGUUCCUCCUCCUUUAUACAAUGAUGUUCUUGAUCUCAUUGGUAACACGCCAUUAAUUAAAUUAAAUAAGAUUCCUCAAUCAUACGGCAUCAAAGCCAAGGUUUAUGCUAAAGUUGAAUUAUUCAAUGCUGGGGGUUCUAUUAAAGAUAGAAUCGCUAAGAAUAUGGUAUUGGAAGCUGAAAAAACAGGUAGAAUUAAACCUGGUUAUACUUUAAUUGAACCAACUUCAGGUAAUACUGGUAUUGGUUUAGCUCUUGUGGGUGCUGUUAGAGGUUAUAGAACUAUUAUUACUUUACCAGAAAAGAUGUCUAAUGAAAAAGUGUCUGUAUUAAAGGCUUUAGGAGCUGAAAUUAUUAGAACUCCUACUGAAGCUGCUUGGGAUGCUCCUGAAUCUCAUAUUGGAGUUGCUAAGAAAUUAGAAAAGGAAAUUCCAAAUUCAGUUAUUUUAGAUCAAUAUUCAAAUGAAGCUAAUCCAAAUGCUCAUUAUUAUGGUACUGGGUUUGAAAUUUGGGAACAAACUAAUGGUAAAGUUACUCAUCUUAUUGCUGGUGCUGGUACUGGUGGUACUAUUUCUGGUAUUUCAAGAUAUUUAAAAGAAAAAAAUCCUCAUAUUAAAGUUACUGGUGCUGAUCCAAAAGGUUCCAUCUUAGCUCAACCUGAAGCUUUAAAUACCAGUACUGAAGGUUAUUUAGUUGAAGGUAUUGGUUAUGAUUUCAUUCCUGAUGUUUUAAAUAGAAAAUAUGUUGAUGAUUGGAUUAAAACUGAUGAUUCUGAUUCUUUUAAAUUAGCUAGAAGAAUUAUUAGAGAAGAAGGUAUCUUAGUUGGUGGAUCAUCCGGUUCUGCUUUACAAGCUGCUUUACAAGUUGCCAAAGAUUUAACUGAAGAUGACGUUGUCGUUGUUGUUUUCCCUGAUUCCAUUAGAUCUUAUUUAUCUAAAUUCGCUGAUGAUGAAUGGAUGAAAACUAAUGGAUUUGAAGUUGAAGAAUCUUCAAGUGCUACUAAGACCGAUGAUAUCUUACAAACUAAGACUGUUAAAGAUUUAGUUGCUGGUAAGGCUCCAGUUGUUACUGUUACUACUUCUGAUACUGUUGGAAAAACUUUUGAAUUAUUACAAGCCAAUGCAUUUGAUCAAUUACCAGUAUUAAACAAUUCUGGAAAAUUAAUUGGUAUAAUUACUUUAUCAAAGAUUUUAAAAUCAUUAUCAACUAAGAAAGUUCAAUUAACCAAUUCAAUUAGUUCUAUUAUCAUUGAUUUUAGAAGAUUAGCUGAUUUUGAAAAAUCAUUCACCAUUACUAAAGAAUCAGGUUUUGCUAAAAAACAAUAUGAACCAAUAACUUUAAAUACCACUUUAAGUUUAUUAAAUAAAUUCUUUGAAACUCAUUCAAAUGCCAUUAUUACAGAUGCAGAAUUAAAACCAGUUCAAAUCGUUACUAAAGUUGAUUUAAUCUCAUUUUUAACCAAGAGUCUUUAAGCUUUUUUUUUAUAUAUAUAGAACAUAUAAGUACAAUAAAAAUAAAUAUGUAAAUUACAAUAACAAAAAUAAUUAUAAUAAUAUGAUAUAUA